ACACGACACCUCCUUCACUCAAACCUAUAUGCAAACUUCUUCCCGAGACCGUCUUCACUCAAACCUCUCCAGCUUCCAGUCACGGAGACAGAGAGAGUUAGAGAGAGAAACUAAAAAAUCCUAAUAAAGAAGAUGAUGAUCUCCUCCAAGAUUUAUGCUUCCCUCAUCAUAUGCUUGCUCUUCAUCUCCUCCUCUGCAACUCCUUCUCUUGGCUGCACCCACUGCAGCAGAAGCAAGCCCCCAAAGAGGCAUCAGAAGCCGCCCAAGCUCCCACCCAGGACUCUCCCGCUGCCGCCGCCGGCGCAUCCGGCUGAGGCGACGUGCCCGGUGGACACGGUAAAGCUCGGGGCGUGCGUGGAUCUGCUGGGAGGGCUGGUCCACAUAGGGAUAGGAAACCCAGUGAUGAACCAGUGCUGUCCCGUGCUUGCAGGGCUCGUCGACCUUGAAGCCGCCGUGUGUCUGUGUACGACAUUGAAGCUGAAGCUUCUGAAUCUCGACAUUUAUGUGCCUCUCGCUCUUCAACUUCUCAUCACCUGCGGCAAGAUUCCUCCUCCUGGUUACACUUGUUCGCUCUGAUACCCCACACUCGAUCUCCACCUUAAAGGACGCCGUCUGGUAGCUAUGCCUCCAUUGUCUCUUAUGGAGUAUCCACAGAAUCGGCAUGAAACGACGUCGCUCACUCUCACUUCUCUCUCUCCCCCCACUAUUAUAUUGGAAUGGGAUUGCUGAUAUUAGGCUAUUAUUAUUAAUCAUUUAAUUAAAUUUUGUAAACAUUUUGUUUUCAAGUCGUGUGUUAAUCCUAUAUAUGUUUCUAAACUCUAAAAAAAUUGUCAUAUUGUUUGAGUCAUAAAUUAUAGAAAUGGCUAGAGUUUAUACAGUUAUA